UAACGUCAAAGUUCAUAAGAAGAGCUGCAGCGUGUGUGUUUCGCUCGUGCCGGGGUUUUUAAUUUCAUUGUUUUGGAACUGGUGGCCAUUUAGUUUUAUCUGGUUCAGAAAGAUGGCCUCAGAUUCAGGCUACGGGCAGCAAGGAGCGCAACAAAGCUAUGGAUCUUAUGGUGGGUCCCAAGGCUAUCAAGGCGGACAGCAGGGGUAUGGUCAGGGCAAUGGAAGCAGCUCUUAUAGUGGACAGAGCUUUGGUGGUUACGCACAGUCUGCUGGUGGAGAGAGUUACAGCCAGACAGCACCAGGAUACUCAUCUAGCUAUGGUCAACAACCGCAGCCACUGCAGCAGGCCUCUGAAUCCUCACCGGGCUAUGGUGGAGAGAAGUUGUAUGGCAGUGGUAGUGGAGGAGGGUAUGGUCAGUCUGCUGGCUCUUAUGCAGGGUCUCAAGGUGGCUAUGGACGACGCAAUGAUGGUGACAGCCGGAAGUAUGGUGAUGAUGGUGGCUCAGAUCGUUCUGAGGGAUUCAGGGGCAGGGGUCGUGGGGGUUAUGAUCGUGGCGGUUUUGAACGUGGAGGCUAUGACAGAGGUGGCCGAGGCGGGCCACCCUCCGGUAUGGGUGGUGGUGACCGUGGUGGCUACAAAAAUUACGGUGGACCCAGAGAUUAUGGUCAAAAGGAUGAUGGAGAUGAUCAGGACAACUCGGACAAUAAUACCAUCUUUGUCCAAGGUCUUGGAGAAGAUGUUUCCACUCAGGAAGUGGGAGACUACUUCAAACAGAUUGGAAUCAUCAAGGUGAAUAAGAAGACUGGCCUACCCAUGAUUAAUCUAUACACUGAUAAAGCCACUGGCCGACUGAAGGGUGAAGCCACGGUGUCAUUUGAUGAUCCACCCUCAGCCAAAGCUGCCAUUGAUUGGUUUGAUGGAAAAGAGUUCCAAGGAAGACCUAUUAAGGUAUCGUUUGCUACCAGAAGGGCUGAAUUCACCAGUAGAGGUGGUGGUGCUGGAGGAGCAGGAGGUGGUGGCAGCAGUGGUGGCAGAGGCCGUGGUGGUUUUCGCGGCAGGGGUGGUGGCUUUGGAGGUGGUGGUGGUGGCGGCGGUGGUCCCUCAUUUGAUGUCAGAGGAGGAGACUGGCCUUGUCCCAACAGCUCUUGUGGCAACAUGAACUUUGCCCGAAGAUAUGAGUGUAACAAAUGUGGAACAUCAAAACCAGACAGUGAUGGAGACCGUGGUGGUCGGGGCGGAUAUGGAGGAGACCGCGGGGACCGAGGAGGCUUCAGAGGUGGCAGAGGAGGUGGAGGUUUCCGAGGUGGAGACCGUGGAGGCUACGGUGGUGGCUACAAAAUGGGUGGAAGAGGAGACCACAGAGAGGACAGACGAGGCCGACCAUACUGAAGAUUUCAUGUGGAUGCCAUUCCAACCCUUUGCUGUGUGUGUGUGAGCGGGGAGGGCGGGGGGUAUUGGAAGGGGUUAAGAGGGUAACUGGGAGUUACCAUUUCUUUGCAAGAUCGUCCUGCAUACUCUGAAAUGAGCAUUUGUUUUCCCUGUUAUUGUUGAAUCUACUGUGAGGGGCCGAGGAAGUGCUGGUGAGGGGAACGGGGUUAAAUUGCCCUGUAUUUUGGUUUCCGAGCAGUUUCUCUUUGAAAACAUUGAGUCCUGUCAGGGCAAUGGCAAAAAGUGCAUCAGGUCAGCUAAAAUGGGUUAUUUUGCUCUAGGCAAAUUUGGGGGGCAGAUGUUAUUUUGUUACUUUUAAUUUCCUGACUUGUAGAAUCCGGUAUUUAGUGUGUGAUUUUGUGAAAUGCUUAAUAUCAUUGUUUU